AUGAAGUCCUUCGUGGCCUUGACUGCCUUUGCUGGCUACGCAGCCGCAUAUCCAUUCGUACUGGAAGAACUCGUCGGCCGCGACGAUAACAGCUACGGGCGUGGCACGUAUGGCAGUGGUUGCGGUAACCAAGGCCCUGGCAAUGGUGGAUACACUUGGCCUGGAGACAAGGGUGCCUGUGGCUGGAGUGGCUACCAAUGUCCCACGCCAAAGUACAACUCCUCCGCACAGGCAAUCAGUCAAAAGCGAGGCAACUGCGGCGCCGGCAAUCCUUGCACCACGUUCAAUGCCCAGGAUCAGCUCGUUAGCACUACCGGCAACAAUGUGUUCAAGGCGCCUACAAGCAACCAGAUUCGUGGGCCAUGCCCAGGUCUGAACGCCGCCGCCAACCACGGCUAUCUCAGCCGGUCAGGUGUUACAAACAACCAAGAAACUAUCGAUGGCUUGUUCAAAGCAUACGGCAUGAGCGCGGACAUUGCUGGCGCUCUAGCCCAGCUAAGUAUUGAGCAAUUCGGCGAUCCAGUCACCCAGCAGUGUCACAACAACUACGAGUCAGAUGCCUCGCAGACUCGCUGCGACGCGGCCUUGCUCAGGGGUGAUGCUCACAGCCUUGUCGUCUCUCGCUUCACCGAAACCUACGUCAACCGUCUUGUCAUUGGUCGUGGUGCUACGCCAGGCAACAAGCGUGAUGCAGGAUACACACUGGACAGCUUUACCCAGGAUUAUACUUGCAAGUCGCAGUGGUCUAUCGACAAGAACCCGAUCUAUGUGUCGAACCCUAUCUAUGUGUCGAACCCUCUCGCCGUCAUCCUCAACUUCAUGAGCAACCACAGCGCAGACAAUACCCAAGGAUGGCUCUCACCAAGCGUGUACAAAUCCUUCUUUGCCAUCCAAGGCGAAUACCCAAAUCUCCGCUGGGCCAAGGGCCAGGAGCGUAUCCCCAACAACUGGUACCGCCGUCCUUCUCUGACGCCAUACAACAACGCCCUUCUUGUCGCAGACCUGCUCACCCAAUACGCCGCCUAUCCGGAGUCGGCUCGUCUUAGAUGCAACAACAGCCGAGUUGGCACUUAUACCCAAGGCAACGCAGCCAGUGCUUUGUCAGAACUGACCACCGCUGGUCUGAUUGGCUUCAUUCCUGCAGCUGGUACUCCCGUCUCGCAGCUUAGUGGCUGCCCUGGCAACUUGUACGCACCCAAGGGGCAGGAUCAGCUUUACUAG